ACUGGAGUCCAAGUAUUGGGCUCCGACUUUAUAAAAGAGUGUGUGCAAUUUGUGCACUCUUUUAUAAAAGAGAGGCCUAAACUGCACCACAAGAUGGCGGGUGCAGUGGCCAACAAAUGUUCCGCCAAUUUAAAGGCGAUUUCAUAUCUACAGAUGCAGGGGAUUCCUGUUCUGUACGAUUUGAAACACUUCCAAGACACUCUGCAGAGGGGCAGAUAUAUAGAUCAGAUAUUCUGUCGCCUCUACGUUGACCCCACAAUUUCUGGGGACAACAUGCAGAAAAUUUUGAAAAUGUCUAGAAGUAUUGUGAGAGAGGAUGUUCCCAUCGAGUUGAAACAAAGAUAUGAAGAUGAACUUCUCAGUAUCGAAUGCUUCCUGGGAAGAAUAUUCAAAUCCUUCCCAGGAAAGAAACUGAGGAUGAGCCAUAUUAACUCCAAUCUCUUCGAAAGUGUUGGGGCAGAGCUCGCUCAGUCCAUUCAUCCGGAUGGGGAAGAAGCAUUUGAGAAGUUCAAAGAGCUUCAUGACCCACAUAAAGCAGUGACGUUUAUGGCAACGUUAGCUGCUGUGAGGUCUCAAAUAAUUCAUAGCAAACUACGAAAACUGCAAAAUACAUUCACUAAAUUCGUGUUGAAGGACGAUGAAGAGCUUCCUGGGCCGUCGAAGAGGCCCAAGCUCCAAACAUGACAGGAAGGAAGGAAGGAUGACCCUUGACGCACAGGAUCAGGUAAGUAUAAAGUGGACUAGGCCUCCGGGGGAAACCACUUAAAAAAAAACGCGCCUAUCACUCUACCUCCAAGGUGGUGCG